ACGAUUAAGAAUUAAAAAACAAAAAGACUUAAUUACACGAUGGUGUUCCGUUUUCUAGUUAUGAUGCUCGUCGCAGCUUUAUUAUGGAAACCUUCGCUCGUUGAGUCAAGAAUUCGGCACUACAAAUUCACCGUGGUAAAGAAAAACACUAGCAAGCUAUGCGCAAGCAAGCCCAUAAUCACGGUAAACGGGAAGUUUCCGGGACCCACUCUGUACGCAAGGGAAGACGAUACCGUGGUUGUGAGGGUCGUUAAUCACGUUAAAGACAAUGUUACAUUCCACUGGCACGGAAUUAGACAGUUGCGGACCGGUUGGGCCGAUGGGCCAGCAUAUAUAACCCAAUGCCCGAUUCAGACGGGUCAGAGCUAUAUUUACAACUUUACCCUCACGGGGCAGAGGGGAACACUUUUAUGGCAUGCGCAUAUAAACUGGCAAAGAGCAACCGUGCAUGGCGCUAUCGUCAUUUUGCCCAAACGCGGUGUUCCUUAUCCGUUUCCUAAACCCGACAAGGAAGAGAUAAUCGUAUUUGGAGAAUGGUGGAAGUCGGAUGUGGAGAUGGUGAUCAACCAGGCUAUGAAAUUAGGACAGCCGCCUAACGUGUCUGACGCACACACGAUCAACGGACAAACGGGGCCCGCUCCUAAUUGCUCUUCUAAGGGCUACACUAUGUACGUCGAAAGUGGGAAGACGUACCUGCUGCGCAUAGUCAACGCGGCGGUCAACGAAGAGCUCUUCUUCAAAAUCGCGGGCCACCAAAUGACGAUCGUCGAGGUCGACGCCACCUACACAAAACCCUUCAGAACGGACACAAUAUUCAUCGGGCCAGGCCAAACCACAAACGCCCUCCUAAAAGCCGAUCGAAAAAUCGGAAAUUACCAAAUCGCCAUAUCCCCCUUCAUGGACACCAUAGUGGCCACCGACAGCCAAACCGCGACCGCAACACUACGCUACAACGGAACUUUAUCCGCCGCCGCCUCUUCCCCAACGACCCUAACCACAAUGCCCUCGAAGAAUGCAACAAAAGUAACAACAAACUUUAUGGACUCGCUCCGAAGCCUCAAUUCAAGAAAAUAUCCGGCCAAUGUACCAAAAACCAUCGAUCAUUCCCUCUUGUUAGCAAUAGGCGUUGGAGUGAACCCGUGCGGUACAUGUGUCAAUGGGAGCCGAGUGGUGGCCGAUAUAAACAACGUGACCUUUGUUAUGCCCACCACGGCGAUCCUUCAAGCGCAUUAUUACAACGUAAGCGGAGUGUACACAGAUGAUUUCCCGGGAAAUCCGCCCGUUCCUUACAACUACACGGGAAGCCCACCGACGAACAUGCAGACAACAAACGGGACGAAAGUGUAUAGAUUGGGCUAUAAUUCGACGGUUCAGAUUGUUUUGCAGGGGACGGCUAUAAUAGCACCCGAGAGCCAUCCGACGCACUUGCAUGGAUUUAACUUCUACGUUGUGGGGAAAGGGAUAGGGAAUUACGAUCCUAAAAAUGAUCCGAAAAGUUUCAAUCUCGUCGAUCCGAUUGAGAGGAACACGAUAAGUGUACCGACAGGUGGAUGGACAGCCAUAAGAUUCAGGGCAGACAAUCCAGGGGUUUGGUUUUUGCACUGUCAUUUGGAAAUACAUACAACUUGGGGUCUAAAGAUGGCAUUUGUAGUGGAAAAUGGAAAAGGUCCAAAUCAGUCAAUCUUACCUCCUCCUUCUGAUCUUCCUAAAUGUUGACCACCAGUAGUUAAACACACACACACACACAUGUUUAAUUCCAUUUUCUUUGUGAUUUAGUACAAGAUUUAUUUAUACAUAUAUAUUUGUUCAUUCUUGUUGCAAGAAUGCAGCUUGUAAUUUUAUUUGUAGACCUCUCAGAGGAAUAGACUUGUGAAUAAAGUUUGGACUACAAUUUGUCAAUUUGGCCUCAA